AAGAAAAAGGCAAGGCGGGCAGGGAUGGUGGUGGUGGUGGUGGGAGGCGAGCCGCGAGCGGGUGGGGGGUGGGGUGCGCGUCGUGGGCGGUGGCAGCGCAAACAAGCAAGCCUUCCAAUUAACUCCUUCCCACCUUCCCCCUCCUCCUCCUCCUCCUCCUCCCUACAAUUCCGAUUCUCCGAUCCCCGUUCCUGUCCCACACACACCCUCGCGCUCGGGCGGCUAAUCCGGCGGCAUGCGGCGCGGCGGCGGCGUGGCGGCGGCGGCGGAGGCGGACGGUGACGUGGAGUCACGGUUCCGCGGCGUGCGGAAGCGGCCGUGGGGCCGCUACGCCGCGGAGAUCCGUGACCCGGCGAAGAAGGCCCGCGUCUGGCUCGGCACAUUCGACUCCGCCGAGGACGCCGCUCGCGCCUACGACGCCGCUGCGCGGAUGCUGCGCGGGCCCAAGGCCAGGACCAACUUCCCGCUCCCCGCCGCAGCCGCCCACCACCACCUUCACAUGCCCGCCGCCGCCGCCGCAGCAGCAGCGCCGUACACGACGUAUCCCAACGCCACGGGCGUCUCGACGCCGCCGGUCGCUAGGCCGGCUUGCAGCAGCCUAAGCUCCACCGUGGAGUCCUUCGGCGGCGCGCGGCCGCGGCCCGUGCUCCCGCCGCGGCCUCUUCCGCCGCCGAUCCCCGACGGCGACUGCCGCAGCGACUGCGGCUCCUCGGCCUCGGUCGUCGACGACGACUGCACGGACGCGGCGGCCUCUCCGUCGUGCCCGGUCCCGCUCCCGUUCGACCUCAACCUUCCCCCUGGCGGCGGCGGCUGCGGAGCCGGCGUCGGGUUGUACGCUGAUGAGGAGGAUGAGCUCAGGCUCACGGCGCUGCGGCUGUGACGUCGAGCUCAAUUGAGCGAGCCGCUGCUUAGAGAAAGAGGAAAAGGAGAAAAAUAUUUGGUUCUUCCCUUCUCUCGUAGCCGACACCAACUCUCCCCUCCACUACGAUGUUGUUGUUGUUGUUUACUUGAUCUGACGAUGAUUACUAUUUGCCUGAAUCUUGGUUGACUUAUCUGCAUGCUUGCCUGCUUGUUUUCGGGCGAUUGAGGAUUAUCGCCAAAUCUUGCAGCAGCUGUUGUACUGUAAUAUAGCAACAUUUUACUUCCUUCCUCUUGUGAGGAAAGAGACAGACAAAGUAACUUAUUUCAAUCUUUAGCUACAUUUCCCUUCCAUGGUUUUACUUUUUACUCUUCAAGUAUCACUUGUUUGGGUUUGAGGAACUGAAAGAAAAAAAAAUCAUUCAAAAGGAAUGGCCAAAAUGUUGAGAUCAAAGUUCUGUUGAACAAAUGAAGUUCAACCACGUUUCAACUUCUAUAUAUAUAUUUUUUCAUUCUCAUAUACCGUGAACAAAUUUACUUUGCUUCUCUUUGAAAACCAUAAACUUACUUUACUAUCCUAAAUUCCUAGUGCUUGUGCUGCUAACUUGUCAUUUACAGUGGUCCAUGAUAUCAGUUUGUAUUACUCCUAAUGCACUGUAGCAGUUCCCCAUAAUAGAAUAAAUGUUGAUUUUUAUGUUUAGGUUGAUGCUUCUAUUUGUGUCACUGAAAGUAAAUUUAGUGGCUAACUUUUGAUUUCUGAAGCUGCAAACAACAUUGGCUAUAGAUAGUGGAUCUGUUGGAAACUUCAUAAAAUAACAAUUUGCAUCAAUAAUUUGGAAUAUGGUUACACAUUAAGCAUUAGCUGAAAACAUAAAAAGUCACGCUGAAAGUAGAAGAUUCUACUUGGUGCUGUAACUUCAGCUUUACUGCCUCAUGGCACGUCUGACACAUUCAUAUAAAGCAUCAAGAUGAAAGUUAUUUGCAGGAUCAACUACUACAACUAUCAAAGCAUUGCUAAUAGCAUCAAGUGGGGUGGCAUAACAUAAAAAGCGGAAGGUUAGGUUUGUUCUGUCAUUUGUACAUCAGAGGAUGGUGCCUCAAUGGUAGUCAUAUUCCUUCUCUUAUGGUUUGGAAGCAGGAACAAAUGUUGUGACCCAUGUAGAUAUUGUUUGGUUACCUAGUCAUGCGAUAGUAUAUUUGCUUGGAGUGACAUUUUAAUUGCAAAGACUAAAGCUGCAAGUGAUCUUUAUGUGUUUACAUCUUGUACACAAAAAUUUUAGUUUUCAACAAAAGAAAUAUGGCUUCAGUCUUGCUUGAUACACAAAUAAUUAUAGAAUGCAAGUAGGUAGUGAUAUUAUCUUGAUCUGACUUUCACUUAUACUGGGAUAAGACAAAACUGCACCGUCUCCUUUCUACUCCCUCUAUUCCAAAAUUCUAAGCACUUUAGCUAUGUCCUAAGUCAAACUUCUCUACUCUGACCACUUUUUUUAGAAAAAUGCACCAACAUCUACAAAAUUAAAUUAGCAUCGUUAAAUUCUCCAUGAAAUAUGUCUUUGUAGAUGUUAUGAUAUAUAUUUUCUAAAAAGAAUGUUCAGAACUAGAGAAUAACUCUAGACAAAGCAAAAGUGGCCUCUAAUUUGGAUAAGAGGUAGUAUAGUAUUAUUAACCCUGUGAGUAUCUUCGUUUAUGUGAAAUUUGGCAUUUAGGCAUCUCCUAGAUGGCAUGCUCUGGCUAUCACACCAUGGCAAGCAAAACUGUCCUAUUGCUGACCCAGUAAUCCUGGUAGUAUUCGGCCAGUGGACCUUACCAUGAUGAAUUCAACCAAUGAAGAGUAAGUAUAAACCUAUGCAUUCAAUUAAUUCAUUUCCACUUCGACCAACAGUACCAAGGGUAUUGUUAGCUGUCAGCACGUGACUAUAGCCUCUUGAUGACUGGUGCUGACUCUGGGGAGUGAAGUGUAUUGCAUAAAUAUGGAAUGUAAGCAAAACAUAUGACAAUAUGACAAAGGCUGCCUAGUUGUAUUGAAGGCAAGGAAAUAUGACAUUGUUUUCUUAAAUGUUAUGCUAUUGGAUUGUGAUAGUGAUGGUGGUUAAGACUAUAGUAAUGUACACCCAGGUUCAUGAUUGUUUGGAGAAUGGACUUUCUUAAGUUUAGCAUCUCUUCUCAGAAUAAUUUUUUUCUUUCUCGAUUGGUGUUGUUUUCAUGCCAUUUAUAAAUAUUGUACUCAUUGAAAUAAUAUGCUGAAGAUAAACUUUUUUCUUUUGAGAAUAUUAUAAAUAACCAUUACUAUGACAUUUUUCUGGCAGCUUCUGCUUGCAUGCUGCUUGAUAAUUACUUCUGGAGCCCCUGCCCUGAGCACACCAUGAUGGUGCCCUCAUGCGAUCAGAUUGUAAAUUGCAAUGCCCUCUGCUAAUUUGCUGGGGGUAGAGGGCCAAUCGGUGAAAGCAAGAAGCCAAGAAUACCAUGGAACUUGUUUUUCAGAGGCACUCGUUUGUUGAGUCUUAAACAAGGAGCUAUGUUGUCACUUGAAAGCAGUUUCUCCUUGUUAAUAUCCAGAGUAAA